AUGUUCAAAAGCUCGGGCAAAAUCCUGAAGAUGGCUCGACCCAGCAUCGAAAAGGUGAACUCGCUGGCUGUCGAGCAUAAUAAACAAGGUGAUUUCGACAAAUUUGACUUCAACGACUUUCGAGUCGCCCGUAGGUGUUUCCAGCAAGUUCAAGACGUCCUUCAAAUGGUAGAAGGAGAUCUGGCGGGGAAUUUGGCACAGAUGGAGUUAUGGCGCACUCGGGAAAAAGACCGUCAGGCAGAAAAGCCGCGAUGGACCUUGAACGACGAAAACCGCCACCGAGUUAUCAUUGUGAAACAGCGUCGGGCGAACGACAUCCAGAAGUUUACCUACGUUACUGUCGUGUUUCUACCUCUAGGUUUCGCAACUGGGGUGUUCAGCAUGAGCGGUGCACCUGCUGGUCAAACCCUCGUUAGCAUGGUGUUCACCGCGAUCGUGUCUUUGGUUGUCACUGCACUGAUGCUAGGUGUCACGCAGGCGUUCGACUCUAGGACACUCACCAAGUGGCGAAAGCAGGCCAUCGAGGCUGUAUCUGCAUUCCCCAAGAACUUACAGACCAUAUAUAAGAAGAAGCUGGCGGACCCGGAGAGGGCAGACGCUUCAAGGUUGGGUGGUGGGGCUUGGGCUUCGAGAGAACGAAGAGCUUCGCUGGAGAGGAGAGCUUGA